CUUUAUUCACAUUGACUCACCAGUACCAUUCUCUACCAUGCUUUUGACUCUAGCACGCUUGUCGCUCGCUUUCUCCCUCCUUCUCCACCAUGUCUCCGGUGAACGAGGUGUGACGACUCGGUACUGGGACUGUUGCAAACCGUCGUGCGCUUGGCCCGGCAAAGCAAAAGUGUCGGAGCCAGUUCGUACCUGUAACAAACAAGACCUGUGGCCGACUCCUCUCGACGCAAAUGCGGCUAGUGCAUGUGGAAAUGGCGAGGCCUACACUUGCAGCAAUAACGGGCCGUGGGCCGUGAAUGAUAACCUGGCUUACGGGUUUGCGGCGGCGAAUCUGAAGGGAAAGAAUGAGGGGGACUGGUGCUGUGCUUGCUACGAACUCACUUUUACCUCGGGUCCCGUCAACGGAAAGAAAAUGGUGGUGCAGGUAACCAACACAGGCAGCGACUUGAAGGAGAACCAGUUUGAUCUUGCCAUUCCCGGCGGCGGAGUCGGCAUUUUCCCUCAAGGCUGUGCGAAACAAUUCAACGGCGCGUGGAUGGGCAAUACUUUCGGGGGUUAUUGGCAGCGAGACCACUGCUACAAUCUUCCUGCUGGAGCUUUUCGCGAUGGCUGCUUCUGGAGGUUUGACUGGUUCAAGAAUGCGGAUAAUCCCAGUGUGGAUUUUAGAGAAGUUAGCUGCCCGCAGGCGAUGAUUGACAGGACCCAUUGUGGAAGGUGGAGCUGAGAAGGUGUCUGUGUCGUUACAUGGUGGUUUUUCGUAGUGCACUGCCAGCUCCGGUGGUUCCCUCGCCAUGCAUACGAAGUAGUAGCAGUUGAACUCUUGUGUCCUUACGCUUAUAACCGAGCGAGAUGAAUGGAAAAUAUGAUGAUAGAUUAAUGGUUUCAGU